AUGUCAGUAGAUGAGGAUAUAGAAAACAAUAGACAAACGAGUUUUACUGAAGAAAAUGCCGCACUUGAGGAAUGGAAUCGUAAAAGCCUUAAACAAAGAAAAAGUUGUUCUUAUUUAGUUCCAAACCCGCAUUUAAGAUAUUUGAAUUUGAAGAAUAGCAAUAAAAUUCAAUCGUUGCCUAUUUUAAAAAAUGUGUCAAGAUUUCAAGACCUAAAGAGUUCUAAACUAUUAACAAAACCGACAGAGUUGUUUUAA